AUGAAAUGGGAGAAUGUUCUAACAACCCAUCAAGAAACUAUGAAAAUGCUCACAUCUUCAAAUGCCAAAGUCAUUGAAGAAUCAUCAACAACUGCUCAAGCUUCAGAAAAUAUAAUCACAAAAGCUUAUGAAAAGACUCAGCAAUUAAAAACUAAAUUCAAGGAAUUCAUGGCUAAAUUUCAGACUUCUUCUGACAAGAGUAUUGCUGAUAUGAACAAGUUCAUCGAAGGCUUCCGAUCGUACUUAAAAACUGAAAAAGAAUCUCUUUCCACUCUCUGUGUAGAUAUCAAACUUGAUAAUGUUGAUCCUAACACAACCUUCACUAAACAUCUCACCAAGUUACAAAAUGACUUGGCUGCUAAAAAUAAGAUAAUGGAUGCCUUGGAUGAACAGACACAGAAAAUGAAGGUUCUUUCUGAGAAGGUGAAGAAUGCAACACUCAAUAUUGCCAAACUUGAAGAAGAGAAAUCAUUGCUUAAAGGGUGA